GCAUUGAUUGCAAGCUGAAAUUGAGCCUGCCCAAUACCAUAACUUUCAUGAAAAUGUUAUACCAUAACUAUCAAUGGAAACGUGUAGUACGAUAGUUGACUGUAUGUAGGCACAGUCUUUUCCUAUAAAACCCCAUUCAGUUUCAUCAUUUAGAAACAUCCCUUCCCUUUCAUUCACCUUGCUUCUUACUUUUCAAUACCUCACUCCUACUCUCACUGUUACCUGCAUUUAGCUCACACCCAUGUUGCAAAGAAGUAGAACUCUUCCCAGCAGAAUGCACCAAGGAAUUGUAGGAACUAUGCACUCUCCUUCUUUUGUAUAUGUAUUCAUUUACUAUUAUUUACGUUCAGUCGUUGAUUGAUGCUCACUGUUUAAUACAGAUAGAAGAGAGGCAAGAUGUGAAGCACUACUUACAAAAUACUCAAACGGAGACUGUUGCUAUGAAUAUUCAGCCUAACUAUUCCAAAUGCUUAGAUGAUGAUGGUCGUUUGAAGAGAACAGGAACAUUUUGGACGGCAACUGCUCAUAUCAUCACUGCUGUGAUAGGGUCUGGAGUUCUUUCUCUUGCAUGGGCAGUAGCUCAGCUUGGUUGGGUUGCUGGACCUGUUGUCAUGCUUCUCUUUGCUUUGGUCAAUCUCUACACUUCCACCCUACUAACACAGUGUUAUAGGACGGGUGACUCUGUUACUGGACAGAGAAAUUACACCUACAUGGAGGCAGUAAAGUCCAUCUUGGGAGGAAAAAAGGUCAAGUUAUGUGGCCUGAUUCAAUAUGUCAAUCUGUUUGGAAUUGCAAUAGGGUAUACCAUUGCUGCCUCUGUCAGUAUGAUGGCCAUAAAAAGGUCGAAUUGCUACCAUAACAGUCAUGGAAAAGAUCCCUGUCACAUGUCAAGCAAUGGGUAUAUGAUAACAUUUGGAAUAGCAGAAGUGAUUUUUUCCCAAAUCCCAGACUUUGAUCAGGUGUGGUGGCUAUCCAUAGUCGCGGCCAUUAUGUCCUUCACGUAUUCUUCAGUUGGAUUGAGUCUUGGCGUGGCGAAAGUGGCAGAAAACAAAACUUUUAAAGGAAGCAUGCUGGGAAUUAGCAUUGGCACAGUGACACAAGCUGGAACAGUAACUGGCACGCAGAAAAUAUGGAGAAGUUUACAAGCUCUGGGAGCAAUGGCCUUUGCAUACUCUUUUUCCAUUAUCCUGAUCGAAAUUCAGGACACCAUAAAAUCUCCUCCUGCAGAGCACAAGACCAUGAGAAAAGCCACAGCGUUGAGCAUCGCAGUUACCACAGUGUUCUAUUUACUCUGUGGAUGCAUGGGGUAUGCAGCUUUCGGAGACAAUGCACCUGGAAAUCUCUUAACUGGUUUUGGGUUUUAUGACCCUUAUUGGCUUCUGGACAUUGCCAACAUUGCAAUUGUUGUGCACCUAGUUGGGGCAUACCAGGUUUUUUCCCAGCCCUUAUUUGCAUUUGUGGAGAAAUGGAGUGCACGUAAAUGGCCAAAGAGUUGUUUUGUGACGGCAGAAUAUGACAUAGCGGUUCCCUUCUAUGGGGUGUACCAACUCAACUUCUUCCGCUUAGUAUGGAGAAGCAUUUUUGUGUUGUUGACGACCCUCGUAGCCAUGCUCAUGCCCUUUUUCAAUGACGUGGUUGGAAUGCUUGGAGCUUUUGGGUUCUGGCCAUUAACAGUUUACUUCCCUAUCGACAUGUAUAUUUCGCAAAAGAAGAUUGAACGGUGGACAAGUCGAUGGAUAGGACUUCAGCUACUUAGCGUUAGUUGCCUCAUGAUUUCAUUAGUAUCUGCCAUUGGUUCCAUGGCCGGGGUGGUUUUGGACCUCAAGACUUACAAGCCAUUUAGAACUAGCUAUUAAGUGAAAACCAGUUCUUCACAAAUACCAGUGUUUAAGCAGAUGACUAGUCAAAAGUUAGUUUGUGCAGUUAAAGUAAAUACGCUCCAUGUCUGCUGCUGUUGGAGCA